UCAUUUUGUCCCGCCAUUUUGAAUAUUCGAAUCGUGUGUCAGCUGAGCAUGCGCUAGAUGCGGUGUUGUUACGCGGGCUCAGACAGCACGGGACGCCAUAUUGAACAACAAGGCCAGAUAAAUAGUAGUCCAAAAAAUGACUGACAGAUAUAACAUACACAGUCAACUAGAACAUUUACAAUCCAAGUAUGUAGGUACAGGACAUGCAGAUACUUCAAAGUAUGAAUGGCUUGUGAAUCAACAGAGAGAUAGCAUGGCAUCUUACAUAGGACACAGUAAUUUGUUAGAUUUCUUUGCACUGGUAGAAAAUGAAUCUAAAGCCAGAGUAAGGUUUAAUUUGCUUGAGAAAAUGCUGCAACCUUGUGGAACUCCUCCCCAGCGACCAGAGGAAUAAACCAACUUGCAACUGAACUACGACUUUUCUAUUUAAAGACUCCUAUAUCACAUAAAGAAUGUCUUGUAUAAAACAGCAUAACAACUGAUCAUCUGUAAUCAAACAAAAACUACCCUUUCAACUUGUGGAUACGCAAAGCAUUAUGAAUUCUUGUAAGGGUUUGAAUAUGCAAAUGUGUUUAAGGGGAGGGGAUUGGUUAGAAGUAACUUCAACCAAUCAUCCUCUAUUGCAUUAUGUAACAAGUUUUUUCUGACAUUCAUGUUACGUAUAUUUUAUAUUAUAUAUUGUUAUGUAAUGUUAUAUAGCUAUUAGUUACAUGCCCAGGCUGCUUUUGUACAUCUUUGACUGUUGCUAUAAUUGUUGAUUCUUUCCUAACUAAGCAUUCAAAAAGCUAUAAAAAUUCCAUAUUUGUAUAAAGAUUUUGACACCGUAUUUCAAGUGAAGAAGAUAUGCUAUCUUGUAUGAAACACUGCGAAAACAAACAAAUAAAGUACGGCAAACUGUUUUUCUA